AUGGCCGUGUGCACAGCCCACGCGGUUGCAAAAUACUCCCACGGUACGCAGAGGAGCUUCUUCCACCAGGCCAGUCGUCAGUCGACGUCGUCGAUUGCGCUCUCUUUCCCUUAUUUCAUGUCGUCUUCACCGUCUGCAACAGUCUCGAGCCCACGUUCACCGUCACCACGCACUCCAGAAGCUUACGAUUAUCCUGACGCGGUCGCCAUCGAGAGCGACGUCGGUCUAUCCUCUUCGUGGUACAUGACCAUGGCUGCAAAAGCUCAGGCCCAGCAGUUGUGGGGCGUCGACAACUCGUUCUACCACACCCAAAACAAAGGGGAAGAUAACGACAUGCUUCAGCUUGACGAGUUGAUAGAGCAAGACGCCUAUGACGACUCACCGUCACCGUUCUUUGCAUCCUCGAGCGCACACCCUUCGCCGCCAACGCACGCAAGAGAAACUCUGACCCACCACGCUCAUCCUUCACCGUUGCAAGCGGAGAUUCGGCCGAAUCCUAUGAUUCCUGCUUCACACAGUGGCCCCAUAUCAAUCACGAAGCCUAUCCCUCCCCCUUCAUCAAUACAGAGGAACCCAGAUUUAUCGUCGAGGAGCCAGAGGGUCGUUUAUCCUCCCAAGGAGUCAUGUUACAACCUCCCAAUCAUGUUUCCCAGCAUUCCGGAGGGAGGAACCAAAUCGCGCGUUGAAACCCAGAUCAGAGUUACCCUCGAACUCGCCGAUCCCAGCUCUUCGUCGGAUCCAUUCAAGUACGAUAGGGUAGGCAAUUGGAAAUGGAUACGACUGCCUCCUGGGACUGCAACAAAGAAGCGAACGCGGAAGCAGGGCAAGAUUGACCCUGACCCUGAAGACGUGCUCCAGCUGGCAGUCAGCGUUACAUGUGCAUCUCCACCUCACAAUCGGGUCUUGAGUUGCUCCAGCUGCCAAGUCCGCGAGGCAAAGAGGGUUGCUAAAAAGCUGGCCGCUCGUGUUCGCCCUGCCAAGUCCGAAUCCGAAUCGGAUGGCGAAGGAGGCAGAAUUCCCCGCAAGCACCAUGAAGAUACGACGAAUAUCAUCCAGUUCAACUGUGCCGAAAUCAUCGACUUCGAAGGGGGCACGACUGUGUUACCGCUUCGAAUUACUUGCUACUGCCGUCAUCAUCGCGAAAAGGUUGGAUUCAAUGUCCAUUUUACGUUGACCGACCAUACCGGUCGACUCGUUGGCUCAGGAAUGUCGAGGCCAAUCAUGAUCACUGACGACCAUAAGACGACUGGCGCCAAUGCUCAACGCAAUGCGGAACUCGCUGCUUCACUUUCGGGUUUACAGCGCUCAGAAUGGUCUCAGGAGAGAUUGAGGGCGCAAAUGCCUGUCAUCGACACCCGCGCGCCGUCGAAGCGGAAGAAGGAUUCUAUCAGCAGUAUGAGCGGCAAACCUCGUCCAAAGCCUUACGAUGCUGCCAAUAAGUCCAAGAAGACCUCUCGGGAAGGCAGUGUCGCGAGCAUUCCCUCUCCCUCCGUUACCUAUUCGUCCCUUCCCACUAGAUCUCCUACGCCAUCUGUUCUGCAAAACCUGGCGAAUGCAGAAGUUCCAUCUGCAUUCUCCCAGCCUCCGCCUCUCCAACCGUCAGCGCAAAGCUCGGAAACCUCUUCUCCCGACACUCUUGCGACUCCGCUGGAUAACAACUCUGAUGUUUUCAUCCCGGAACUUCCGCAGUCGCCUCAGGUUAGCCAGGACCUGCUUCAAGCCAUGUCACAGCAUGCUCAGCAGCAACAGACACAACCUCCGAUUUCCAUGCCCAUUAACAUACCCUCUAUGAUGAUACCUCCACAGGCGCACUCGAUGCCAUUCCUUUUGUUCGACACCAAUCAAUCAUCGCAAUCCGUUCAGUUGCAGCUACCCACAAUACAUCGACUCAUUCCGAACAUGGGCCCAACCCAUGGCGGAAUCGAAGUCACUAUCCUUGGAGCGAAUUUCCACUCUUCGCUUCAACUCAACUGUGUCUUCGGAGAUUCAGCCGCAAGCUCGACGCAACGCUGGAGUGAAAACACUUUGGUGUGCAUGUUGCCACCCCGGGCGGCUCCCGGCGUUGUCGCAGUCUGGUUCGAAGGGUUCCCUAAAGUCGACGACCAUCUAGCAUCCCCUCCUUCGCUAUUCACGUACUCUGACGAGUCAGACAGAGCAUUGAUGGAGUUGGCAUUGCAGGUGGUGGGUCUCAAGAUGACCGGGAAAAUCGAGGACGCCAAGAAUGUCGCGAUGAGAAUUGUUGGUACUGCUGGAUCAGAAAACUCCGGUUCUCAAAGCAACACCAGUGCAAUGCAGCUAGCCUCGACAUUCGCUUCGACAGGGGAUUUCGGGUCGACCCUACUUCGGCCGAACGAAACCUCUAACCUGGAGAAGAAGAUCCUUGACUUGCUUGCACUGCUCGAUACACCUCUCGACGACAUCGCCGCGUCAUCAUUACCGAUUUCCCAGGUCUUGUCGAUACCGUCCAAAACGGGCCAAACGCUCCUUCACUUGGCGACUUUCCUUCAAUUCCCAGCGCUCGUACGAUGGCUGAUUGACCAUGACAUUGACAUUGACGCACGAGACCGCAAUGGUUAUACCGCAUUGCACUUCGCUGCCCUUGUUAACUCCUCCGAGUGCGCCAAGAUCUUGGUAGAGGCUGGUGCCGACCAAGAAAUCGUUAACUCUCUCGGCAAGAUUCCGCGAGAGAUAGCACCGGAGGAUUUCUUCGACGUAAUAUCAAUUACCAUUUCUGAAGACGACCGCUGCGAUUCGGAGGACGAAGAGGCCGACUGGGGCGACGGUGAAGAGGAUGCGGUCGAGGAGCUUCGAAGUGUCAGCUUGCGACGACGCGCUUCGACUCGCGCCCUGCGACGGAGCGCACCGACGUCCAGCCGAGCAACACCCCAUGAUAUCUCUCGGGCGGUGACACCACCUCUCCCCCCUCCAACCCAUACCUCUGCGGAUGACAGCAAGAGCGACGUCAAGAAGCCGCUAGAGAAGCCUCGGUUGGACGAGAAACAGGCGGCAUCGUUCGUGGAGAAGAUGAUUCAACGGACACUUGCGCAGCUACCAGCUCAAGGUCUCUUUCCUCAGCUCCCACAUCUCCCCGAUCUCCCGAACAUGCCAUGGGCUGCUCUUCCCCAGAUCCCAAUGGUCUUCCCCGUCUUUGUUCCUACGACUGGCUGGCCAUCCUUCUUGGGCGGAGAGAGUGCCUCUGAAGACUCUGAUAAAGGGGAAGGGGAUAGAAAGGUGGGCACAUCCGCAAUGCGGGCUGCUCAUGACUGGUGGGAGAAGUGGGUCGCAAUGGCUGCGGCCGCGACUGCCAAACAGCAGCAACAUGAGGAGCUCCCUCCCCCUGUUUACACCGCGCGGCCAUCUGAGGGAGAAACUACGCAGAAGCGAUCCGAGGCGGUUGCCAGUGCGGUGGAGGAGACGGUGACGCAUGUUCGCCAACGUCCAUCUGCGGCUGAGGUGGUGCCAACACCGCCCACCUCUGUGGUUGAGGAACCUUCCGUUAGUUCCGGACAGGAGUCUGAGUCGAUUGGUUACCGACCAAUCGUCAAGCGCAAGCCGAAAGGCUACAAGAAGAAUGAUAGAAUGCUUAUGUGGUUCUGGCUUCCUAUCCUUUUCCUUUCAAUGGUUUGGGCCCUACACACUGGGGCCCGGUUUGCCUUCCAAACGAUUAAGACCGUCUCGAACAAAUCUACAAUGUCGCACUAA